AUGCUCCGCGAGGCCCGCAGACGCAAGCAGCAAGUGGCCGCCAAAAUCGGACACGAAGAGUAUAUCUACCGCCUUAAUGGCAACCCCUUUAGCCAUCAGGAGGUGAUUCGUGUACGCCCGCAAGGCGACCUCGAUCCGCGCCGAGUGCAAGCGGCGGGCAUCAGAGUUGGGGUGAGCGGUGCCAGAGGUGCCGGUGGGCCAAGUCGACCGCCGUUUGCGGUGGACGACGACGCCAACUACAGCGAUGGCGGCGGCAGAGGUGGCCGCCUUGCCCCGUUGAACCCCGGUUUUGGCGCACCUAUCAAUGGGCCCUCCAACGAGGCUGUAGUCCCGUGCAGCGCCCCCGAAGGCUGCAACGGCGGCACUCCGCGCGGCACAAAGUACGCUGCAGCCAACUACGCCUCCCCCUACGGCGGCGGUGGUGGUGGUGCGGGUGGCCAUCCGCACCCACUCGUGUCGCAGGGGCAGCACAUCGUGAGCGCCUUUACCCCCGUAAUCCCAGCCAUCACGCCGGUCAGGGACCUGCCCGCUCCCCUGCCCGCGGUGUACAGGCCAAAGCCACCCCUCACGUUCCACAGUGGCCCGGCUUCAAGCGCAGAGGUGCCGCCUCUCUCCCUCACGCCGUUGCCGCAGCAUCCGGCGCCAUCGCAGGUGUGCUACCCCUCCAACGAAGCCGGUACACCGAGGCCUGCGGUGGCGCAGGUGUACUUAUCACCCGGUGAGAAAGGCGCGGGGCGACCCAGCACAAGCCCGACGGUGCUGCCGCCGCUCAACCCAGACGGUGGCAACAUCGGUGGUGGUGAUCCCUUCCCCACCCGCAGCCCGCGUCCGAGCACGAGCGGAGCCGCCUUGGGUGGCGGCGGUGGCUUCCUCAUCAACGGCGACGGCCUCUCUGCUGCUGAGGAGCGCCACCGCGAGAAGAUGGCGGCGCGCCAGCGUGCCGUUGAGCUGCAGAGGGAGAAUGCACGGCAGAUGCUGGAGAAGCAGCAACGCAAGCAAGCAGAGCGGGAACGGGAGAUUCAGGAAUACCACCUGGCCGAGGAGCGACUGCGGCGGGAGCGGGAGGAGGUGGCGCGGCGCGAGCAGGCGGAGCUAGAUCGCGAGAAGCGCGAGAAGGAGCUGAAGAUGAUGGCGCCGCGCGCAGCGCAGGCGAUGUUGGAGAAGCAGCAGCGCGAGACGCAGCAGCGGAGAGAGGAGGAGGCGGCAGCUCGGCGCAAUAGAGGGAGGGCCCCAGCAGCCCUGGAGGCCCCGGAGACCCCAGAAAUGGGGAAGGAGGCUCUGAAAUCGACGGCCCUACCGCUACCCACGUCUGCCAACGUAGCCUCGACCAGCCUCCAGUCGCAUCCGCCAGCGAAUCACCUGUUGCCACUGGCAGCGCCGUCCGUUCUGCUCCCUCCAGCCUCGGCGCCUGCUUUACCCUACCUCGUGGACUUUAACUUUGGUAGCGGGCUUCGCCGUUCGCCGCAGCCAUUGCCGGCACCUUACUGCUACCCGCCCGCCAACAUGUGUCCGCAGGCGGCUCUACUGCCCAACGCAGACACCCAGUCCAUCCGUAGCGAGCUGCGGCGCAUCACGAACCUGCUCGAGGAGCAGCAGCUGCAGCAGCGACGCGCCAUGGAUAGCAUCAGCGUUGGCGCCAACGCGGCACCGCAGCCAUGCUACAGCGAUGCACCACCGCCUUCCACUAAAGCCGGGGCCGGCACGUACCUCACCACUGGCCAGCCGUCGCCUUCUAUCGGUGCUGGCGGCUCAGCCCCGGUGAUCACGGCGCAGCGAAACAGCGCGGCACCGUACAGGUCUUUCGCGACAGGCGGUACGCUGCCGCCACCUCCACUUGCCACAGCGGCACCGCCCGCUCCACCCUCGUCUGGCGCAGGCGCACCGUCGGUAGGCAUCGGGCCGUGGCAGGGGCUCUUGUCCCCGUAUGCUGGCACCUCUGCGGCCGGCGCUGGCGGCAGCCUGUUGAACCCGCCGUCCAGUUCCAUCCCGCCGUUUACCAGCUCCAUCACGGACAAUGAACCGGAGCUCUCCACGGAGCCGUCCCGGUUCAUCGGCCCCUUCAGAGCACCAGUGAGUGCGGUGCCGAGCCCUCCUGCUGUCCCCGAGCCGGGGGUGACGUUUGCGGGGGCGGACUCUAUGGCGACGAAGCGACUGCCACCAUUGGUGCAUCAUGCAGGUGCCGCUGAACCCGGCGCAGAGCACUGCGUGGCGACCCCACCGCCGGCGUCGACGGCCGCGUCAUCCCGCCUCUCCCCAGUGUCGUCGGCCUCGGCGCUUGCGCCGGCACCCUUCUCGAUGCCAGGGAUGAACUCCCCAACGAGGUCGCCAAGGGUAGAGGGGCUCCCCUCAGUCCGCCAUAGCUCCCCUCAGGCGACGGAAGGGCCGAGGACAGACGCGGACGAGGGCGAGACAGCGAGGCGAGUGAGCGAGUCGCCGAUUUCGUAG